UCCAAAUAUAGUUAUUCUCUUCCUUAUUUACUUUUUAUUUCUUUGUUUUUCCUUUAAUUUCAAUUCAUAGUAUAUUUGUGUUUACAGUUUCGUACCGGUCUUGGCUUCUUCUGUUAUCACCAUGAAUCUGAUUGGAACUCGGGAGUGAAUAGAUGAAAUGAAGUCUAAAUUCACAUGAAAUGAAAUGGUUUCCAUUGUCUCGUUCCCCUAUUGCUAUAUAUUCAUUGCUUCCCCUUCUAAGCCUCCUUAUUAUUUGAUUGUUUCAUGGCGAAAGGCCGGCGGUUGACCACCAGCAGAAGUGAACGGUUUCUCGGAAGUUACAGUAACGGACACAGUCAAGGGGACUCCGUCACGGACGAAACGGAACUUGGGGAGGAAGAUGUCUGGUCGAUGGUUGAUAACGUUGACCGAGACAACCAGAGUGUCAAUAAUUCUCAGAGCGAUUUUAGUCCACGCGCUGGUGCUGAAAGUAAUGGAAAUGGGAACUUGGACAUGAGGGGGCACCGUCGCCGAAUUCCGCGGGAUGAUCGCAACGUGGGAGGGCUGUCGUUGGCUUUUGAGGAUUCUUCUUCGACGACGCCUAGGAUCGUGCAUCAGUUUCGUGGUCAUGAUGGCGUGGCUGCCACAGCUUCGCCACGUGGGCACCAUAUGGCCACGUCAGCGCCUGUGAACGUGCCUGACUGGAGUAAGAUUUACAGGGUCGACUUGUUGGAGUCUAUACAUGACUCGGAUGAUGGAUUGGAUGAGGGUAAGUCAGAGAUGGUACCCCCGCACGAGUACUUGGCGCGUGAAUACGCUCGGAGUAAGAAAUCAGGCGGGGCUUCGGUUUUUGAAGGCGUGGGUCGGACUCUCAAGGGCCGGGACAUGAGGCGGGUCAGGGAUGCAGUAUGGAGCCAAACAGGGUUCGAUGGUUAACCAAUUCGUUAGCCACUGAAAAAAAAAAAAAAGAGAAAACCAGCUUAAUUAUGAUUGAUUAAAAUGCGACUACAUUUUUUUUUUUUUAAACUUGGGCAAUGAUUCGGCUGAGUAACAGUUGAGUCAACUUAGUUUCGAGUGAGCUCAAGCGGGAUUUUGAAUUGAUGAGUCCUAAAAAAUUUCUGCUGAUGGAUUGGAAUUUGAAAGUUGAGGUGUGUUUCCAGUUUCUCUUUAGUUGUAAUUUUGGUACAAAUUUUAAUAAUUUUGUUACGCCAAUUGUAUGGUCAAUAAGAUCAACUCGUAUACUUGUUAAAUCAGAAUACGAUCAUAUAUCAUGAUAUUAUUAAAGAGGAUUGACGCUUAAAUAAACUCGACUUUGUGACACUUUGCAAAAGCUCUAGCAAUUUGUCCAAGACAUUAAA